AUGGCCACCGUCAUCAACAAGAGCGUCGGUCCUAUUGGCUACGGCCUCAUGGGAUUCACUUGGCGACCAGAGCGUCCUCCUUUGGACCAGGCCAUUGCCGCGUUAAAGACGGCAGUGGAAAAUGGCAUGACUCUUUGGAACGGCGGCGAGUUCUACGGCACACCCGAGUGGAAUUCGAUGACUUUGCUCAAGGAGUACUUCACCAAAUAUCCGGAAGACGCCGACAAAAUUACGCUCAUCAUCAAGGGCGGCAUGGAUCUUGCUACGCAUAAGCUGGAUGGAUCUCCAGAGGGCGUUCGACGCUCACUCGACAACAUCAUCAACCAACUAGGUGGUACCAAGAAGCUGGAUCUCUUCAGCUGCACAAGGAGAGAUCCCAACGUCCCCCUGGAAGUGACCUUUGGAGUUAUCCAGAAGGAGUAUAUCGACACUGGCAAGCUUGGCGCCAUUGCGCUUUCUGAAUGCAGUGCCGAAACUAUUCAUGAAGCGGCCAAGAUUGCCAAGAUCGGCACUGUUGAGGUCGAGCUGAGCAUGUUCACCCCGGAUAUUCUUACCAACGGCAUCGCCGCGGCCUGUGCCGAGCACGGUAUCCCCAUCACCGCGUAUUCUCCUAUUGGACGGGGAAUCCUCACUGGCCGAUUCAAGGACGUUUCACAAGUCCAAGGCUUUGGCUUCAUCUCCAAGUUUCCCCGUUUCGAAAAGGCUGCGUUUGAACACAACCUCCAGCUGGUCGCUCAAGUCGAAGCCCUCGCCAAAGAGAAGGGCUGCACCCCGGCCCAACUCGCCAUCGGCUGGGUGCACAGCCAGAGCAACCGCCCGGGACGACCAACCAUCAUCCCUAUCCCCGGCGCCACAACAGCAUCACGAGUGGAGGAGAACUCUAAGCUAAUAAAACUAACGGAAGAGGAGGCGAAGAAGAUUGACACCCUCGUCGAGUCAUUCGAAGUUGCUGGCUCUCGAUACCCUGCUGGCGCGCCAAGCAACACCUAG